CGCGUCGCCCGUUAUCUGCGCGCGCCAGUUUCAAUUCCCGGCCCGUCAGUGCUAUGCUGCCUCUCGCUCUCAUCUCCCUUUUGCAAGCUCAGCUUGCCUAUUCUCAGUCUUCGGUACAGCUAUCGCUAUCUUUGAACAGCCUCUACUCCUCUUACUCUUUUGCACACACCACGCGGCCGACACUCUUCUCGUUGCCAACGACCCAGAAUGCAUCAGUAUCUGUUGCGCUCUGCUCAGCUUCAAAUUCAAGCGCACCACGGUUCUUCCUGUCGAACAGCAGCAGCAUAACGCAGCCAAGUGAAGAUGACAUAGGUCAGGAUGGUGUCUACGAGGUUGUCGUUGGAAAUCAAGGAUAUGGAUGGUGGACGGGGGCACUGAGCGAAGGUGGCUUUCUCGCAGUCGAGAAUGCAGGACAAACGUCGUUUCAGAUUGGUGUGUCUGAAGAAAGUCCUAUGCACGACACAAUGGACGCGUUUCCGCUCUUGGGGGAUACAGCCAGCAACCAGGGUUUGCUCUUCUCCCCACCACUCGCGGAUGCACCGCCACCUAAUAUACCCACUUACCCGAACUACACUCUUCCAUCGGCCAAUUUAUCAUAUCCCUCAGCGCCACCCUCCUUGCAGGUCAAUGUCUCAGUAUUCGUCGUACCAACAUCUGCUCUCGCUUCGGCUUCAAUGCCUCUGACGGCUUGCGCCAUGAGUUCUAGCGACAUUCAAGGGAGCAUCAUGAUCGACGACACAGGCAGCGCGAAUAAUGGCCUUUGGCUCAAAGACCAAGAUGGGUGGAGGUGGCAAUGGCUGGUCAGCGGGCUGCAGCCGCAGACGAACUAUACCGCAUACGUGGUGCAGAACGAGACGAAAGUCAGUCAACCUAUCAAUUUCGUCACGAAAUCUGCAACAUUCUCCUGCCCAAUUGUUCACUCGCUACCUUACUGUCCCUCAAUCGCGUAUGCGGUCCCAUUGGUCGCGCCGCAGUUCCCAAACAUCGCCUACACUGCCAAUAACCUUCCGUCGAGCGUCGUCUCACCGCUCCUCGAAGUACUCUCGAACUUUACGACGUCGCUCCUGACCUUCCCCUGUGGGCGCGACGAAUACAGUCCGCUUGUGUCAUGCGCAGACUGCCAGGCGGCGUACCGCAAGUGGCUCUGCACGAUCUGGUUUUCGCGCUGCUCCGAGGCGGUCGACCAGCCAACGAACACGGACGGCAGCGUGCAGAAGCCCAUGUCUGCGCUCGCGCCCCAAGCGUCGUCCGCGACGCCGCGGAGCCCAGGCCUGCAGCCGUUCGCGAACGGUUACACGGCGCUUCUGCCGUGUAUCGAGACGUGCACCGCCGCCGACCGCGCAUGUCCAAAUUUUAUCGGUUUCCAGUGCCCUGUGCCCCAGUUUAAUGCAGCGUUGAGUUACGGCGUCGGGUUCAUCGACAGCGGCGAAGAGGGCGUGCAGGGACAUGGGUCAACAGGCGUCGCGCAGGACAGAUGGGGGAACGUCUGGUGCAACGCGGGAUGAUGUUGACAUUGAGUGAUUGUAUUUUUUUCGCUUGUAUUUGUUUCAGAAGGCUGAUGAGGCUGGUCAAUGUAUAUCUCGGUAUUAUCCAUGCAAAUGUGAGCUGGCGGCAGAGACUAUAAAGUGGGACAUGCUGUAAACCUGGUCCCGUGUGAGAUGCGU